AUGUUUAAAAUUUUCUUACUUUUAUCAAUUUUCGCAUUAACAUCAACUAAGGAAAUUGAAUUUCUUCCUGGAUCUGAUGAUGUUCCAAUCAAUUUUAAACAUUAUUCCGGAUAUUUUAAUGUUUCUAAGACCAAUUUUCUUCAUUAUUGGUUCGUCGAGUCACAGUCGGAUCCUCGGAAGGACCCUCUUAUUUUCUGGUUCAAUGGCGGUCCUGGGUGUUCUUCUCUUGAAGGAAUUCUAAAAGAAAUGGGUCCUUAUGUGGUCAAUAAAGAUGGCACGACCCUCAGCGAAAAUAUAUUUGCAUGGAAUAAGUUUGCUUCAAUAGUUUAUACUGAAUCGCCAGCAGGUGUUGGAUUUUCAUAUUCAACAGAUGCGAAUGUAACCACAAACGAUGAUCAAACUGCAUUGGAGAACUAUGAGGCAAUUAAAAAAUUUUUCGUUGAAUUUCCUUCAUUUCGAGAGAAUCCAACUUUUAUAAUGGGCGAAAGUUAUGGAGGCGUAUAUGUGCCGACUUUAGCGUCCAUGAUCAUCGACAAUAUGCAUAUUUUUAAGAUCAAUUUAAAGGGGAUAGCAAUUGGAAAUGGUUACUUAAAUGCAAUAUUGAAUGUUAAUAGUUUAGUAUCAUUUUCUUAUAACCAUGGAAUUGUAAGUGAAAAAAUAUGGGAAAUUCUCGAAGAUGAAUGUUGCCGUAAAUGUGUGGAAACUUGUAAAUUAACUGAACUCGAUCAAAACUGCUCAAAACUAGUAGAAAAUAUUUAUGAAUUCGUAUGGUCAGGUGGUUUAAAUGUCUACGAUAUGUAUCGAGAAUGUGAUUUUUAUCAAGGAAUAUCAAUAAAUCGCUUAACAACUGCAAUUCAAAAUUUUAUAGUUUUAAAUCAUUUAUUGAAUAAUAAUUUUAUAGUUUUAAAUCAUUUAUUGAAAAAAUUUCAGUGGUCAAAUACGAUGAAAUUGGAUCCUCCUUGCCUUCCCGACAAAGAUUUAGUUAAAUAUCUACAUAGACGUGAUGUUAGAAUGGCUAUACAUAUCCCAGAAGAAGUUCAGGCAUGGGACAUUUGUAAUGAACAGGUAUCUUUGAAUUAUAAAAUGCAAUACAAUGAUAUGACACCUUUUAUAAAAAAGAUUCAUGAAGCAAAAUUGCGAAUACUUUUAUAUUAUGGUGAUACGGAUUUGGCUUGUAAUUUCUUGAUGGGACAACAAUUCACCGCGAAUCUUAAACUUACAAGGACAUUCGACAAAAAACCGUGGAAAUUUAAUGGACAAAUAGCGGGAUUCAAAACGAUAUAUGAGGAUAAUUUAACAUUUUUGACAAUAAAAGGAACGGGUCAUAUGGCACCUGAAUGGAAACCAUCGCAAAUGCAAUAUGUUAUUGAGCAAUUUCUUUUAGACCGACCUAUUUAA